ACUAGUUUGAAGUUUUAGACAAACUAGUGUAAAAUGUAAUUAACCAUGAUGCGGAGUUUGACUAAAACCAGUGGCUCGGUCACUUGGCAACCUAACUAGCAUCAUGGCUGGGAAGGACGAGAAACAAGAGCGCGACGAAUUAGCUGAGUCACUGAACGAUCUCUUCACCAAUCUCUCCACCAUGGUCCAAGGCGAGCUUCAGGGGUCAAGCAAUGUACUAGAACUUUUGGAGAAGAUGAAUCUCAGGGUGGCAGAAGAGUAUAAAGGGUAUGGUGAUGUGGCUUCUGGGUUAAGGGUCUUUGUGGAGCAGCUCAAGUCCAAAAGUGGUAGCUUUGAUGAGUAUGUUCAGCAAAUUGAUGCGAUAGAGCAGCAAGUGACAGAAUUUGAAGCUGUAAUUUCGAUGCUUGACAAAUAUGUUUCUUUGUUAGAAUCAAAAGUGCAUUCUGUUUUCCAAGUUCCACCUUCGUAAACAUAGGUUCUCAUUGCUGAAUUUUAUUUUGACAUCUUGAUUCAUUUGUGUCCGAUGUGUUGUAUAUUUUGUGUGUGCGGCAUAUGCAUGCCGAUUCCAUUCUGUUCUAUUUGAAAUGUAUGCUUCCCAGAUUGUGAAAGCCUAGCCUAUCACAGUUAGAUGAUUCUAUCUUGUA